CGCUCCAAGUUUGACGGUGCAACGACACGCCGCUUUGGGAAUGCAUGGCAUCAGCGGAUGCCUUCUCACCAAGCCUGAUAAUAUGCGAUUUCCCGUUACUGAAAACGAAAAGGGACCUGUUAAUGCGGCAGCUCGGCUUCGAGUAGAUACCCAAUGCUAUUUUCCAUGGAACCAAAAUGUUCGCAUCACCCUCUCUCGUUCGCAUCCCUCUGGAAAAUUAAAAACAAAACGCUAAUUCCCUGUCCGCGUUUUCCCUCUUCGUCACCGUCAUUCAAUAGAGUCGCCUCACUCUUGCUGUUGGGUUCAAUUGAAUGCCCAAAGAUAGUCGAUUUCAAUAAUGGUCAUUUUGAAAUCAACGUUGUUUCUUCAUAUAUAUCCGUGUUUUUCAUUCGGACUGUCCUGCAGCCAGCCAGGGAAUGAGAUGGAAGGGCAUCAAGGCAUUCCAUUUGCGAUACGUUGGCUUGCAUUGAUAGAAGUAUAAAACACCCGGAGCUCACUUUACGUCUCUGAGCGGGCCUGAUGACCAAAUGAUCCUGUCAUUCGCUGAUACAGUUCUGAAGAUUUCGGGUUGUUUGUGACCAUAGACCUCCCAUCUCUAUGAUAUCGAGCCUGAGGUUCUAAGGAUACCUCACUCUGUCUAAAUUUUUUUUUUUUUUUUCCUUUCCCUUCCCCUGAAACCACCGAUCGCGUCCCUCUUUUUUAAACGCCUCCCAUGUGUCAAAAGGCGUAUUAUGUUCACACUUGCGGCCACAGAAGCUGGGGUCCUCUUCACCGUUGCGGAAACCGUUACGUCUGUCCUCCCGAAUGUACGAUUUAUUAUCCCGUUUACCUGGGCAGUCCAUGUCGAUUUUGUCGUCCUCGUCGUAGCGGUGGCCGAGGUGCAGAAAACUCCCAAGAGAAGACUGUUCCUCGAUAAGAACUCGCUUUUCCUUCCUGGCAUUCAAGUCGCAGGUUUGUUCCGAAUAAGUCUUCGAACUACCUACAUUCCAAUGGGCUGGAGACAUCUGAUACAAACUGUCGACCUGGAAAUUGAUGAUAAUGAGGUUGCCGGUGCUGAUGUUUUAUUGUAUGAAGUUGAUUUGUUUGACGCCAAUAACCACUUACAACUCAUUCCAGCAAAAGAUUUAAAUCAAGCAGAUGGAGUGCAGUGUAGCAGAGUACUCUGCAUAUAA